AUACUAACAAGUUUUAAGAGACUAUUUAAUGCAACUCAGGUCAAAAAAGCGCAGUUUGGACCAAAAUAAGCACCUAUAAAAAACAGAUGAUCGCAGCUGUGGCCCAGGAUGACGUCUAUUGCUAAGAUAUCUCACUUGUAUUUGUACACAAUAUAUUACGUUCACUCUCUUUACUCCUUAGGUACAUGUCAUCUAUGCGAGCAAUUAAAUGAAAAAUGCGACAAACUUUACGAAAAAUUAAGUGCGAUGGAAGAAAAAUCCAGACAGCAAUCUGAUAAGUUUAGCGAUAUUUUGGCUGAGCACAAAGUACUUCUCAUGGAAUUAACGCAUCAAAAUAAAGCAUUGCAAACAUUGAAAGGUAUUUUCCCUAUAAAAUCAACAGAGGAGCUGAAAAAUUUGGACGAACUAUUGGAAAUACAACCAGAAAUAUAUUUAAGUAAUUUAGAACAAGUCUUUUAUUGCUAUACACAAAGAAAAGAAAAAGAGUUUCCGUUAGCCAAAGGAUUCAUCUAAAGAAAAUGCAGUUCCAAACAUAAACGAAACAAUAUAAAUACACCCAUGCAUGUACAUAUGUAUGUAGUGCAAACACUAGAAGUCGAACUUAGCCAUAAUGAAUUUUCUUUUUUUAAUCCAGUUUUUUUUUUGUUGAAGUUUUAAACACUUCUUACAUUAUAUCUACAAAAAAACUGGGCGCACUAAAACGUUAUAAAACAAAAAUGUAUUUUUGCAAUUCAAAGAUGUUUUUGUAUAUGUACAUAGUACAUACAUAGUUAGUUUUGUUUAUUAUACGUAAAUUUGGGUUAAAAAAGCUGCGCUUGAUUCUGUGCGACCACUUUUCUUGUGCCCAUACUUUAUGUAAAUUCUUUGUAAUCCUGUAUACAUUUGUACGUGCAGUGGCUCACAGUCGAUAUGAGCCUGUGAUAUUUUUUACAGUAUUUACUACGUUUUUUUGCAAAGUCGUUUUCUUGAAUUAAAGCAACUGGCUUACUUGACUGUGAGCCACUGUAAGUUAAUGGAUAAAUUUUUUGCUACAUGUACCUACAGUUAGGCAAUAAAGUUUAGGUACAGAGAGUUUUUUGCAAUACGGUCAACUGUUUUUUAAAUAUUUUUUU